AUGUUUGCUAGAGGACAAUAUGUUGUGAAGACAGCCAUGGGCAAUGUUGGAGCUUAUAGAAGGAUCUCAAGAGGAGUGUUUAUGAAUAGCAGUUUAAUGAGAGCCUUUUCUAGUCUAAGUAAACCUACAAAUGCUUCCUAUGAUAGCUCCUUAGACUGAGCUGAUGCUUUCCCUAUGCACUCAAUUAUUCCAGAGGACCUUGUUAGGGAGCUAGUACAAAAGAAAAGAAUGAAAAAAUUGUCAGAGAAUGAUACAAAAUCAGAAGCAAAUUUAGCAGGAAUUUUCCCUGAAAUUGUCUUUGAUAGAUGUGACGACAUCACUCUGACAUAGAUCUUUCAAACACAGCCCUUGCUUCCCUGCUAUGAGCAUGGAAAGCUUCGAUAAUUCUUCUUAUUAAUUACAAUUUCCUUCCGUAUA